AUGGCGACCGCAUUGCCACCCUGGCCUGUGUGUCAGAACUACCACCCUGAGUGUGAGGCCGCCAUCGACAACCAGGUCAAAUUGGAGAUGCACGCCUCCUACGUGUACAAGUCCAUGUCCUGCUACUUCGACGGUGGAGACCCGGCCUUGAAGCACUUCAGCCUGUUCUUCCUUCAGCAGUCAAAGAAGGAGGUGGGGCACGCGCAUUAUCUGUUGGGGCUGCAGAACCGGCGUGCAGAAGACGCCAGCCUGUGCAACAACCCUGAGCCUGAGGAGGAGAAGUGGGAGAGUGGCCUGAGGGUCAUGGAGUGCGCUUUGCACCUGGCGAAGAGAGUGCACCAGAGCAUGCUGAAUCUGCACCAGGUGAUCACUGAGAAGCAUGGCAAGAUCUUCCACUUCCUGCAGUGUGACUACCUGCGUGAACAUGAGAUGUUCAUCCAAGAGUUGGGGGACCAUAUCACCAACCUGCGCAAGCUGGGGGCCCCGGAAGGUAACCUGCCAGAGUCCGUCUUUGACAACUUCACCCUGGGCAGCAGCAAGAACUGA